ACAACAACAACAACAACAACAACAACACACACACGCACACACACGCACGCACACGUCGUUGCUCACCCGCACAUCAGAAGAUCAAGCCGUCGGGGCGUGUUGCACCACCCACAACAGCACGGGAAAUCAACGGCCACCCGCCUAACGGAGGAGUUGCCACCAACCCGCCCACCCCACCAUCACCAUCACCAUCACCAUGGUGUCCGCGCACCGAGCUGCGCGCAUGCCGCUGCCCAUGGCCGUGCUGGCACUUGCGAUGCUGGUUGCCACAUGCGCCAGUUCCGCCAAGGCCGCAGAGUGCCAGCAGCCAUGGACGCUGCUGGUGCGCCAUGAUGCCCGGGCGGGCGUGUUCCCAAAAGGCGAGUUGGAUGUAAACGCAAACGACGACAGCAGCCUCAUUUACGCCAGCCUCACAGCGCUCGAAUCGCAGCGCAGCUUUGACGGGAACUUCUACUUCAAGCUCGUCUGGAACGACCUCUGCGAAUCGGGCUGCCUCAGCAACAAAACUGCCAUCAUCUGGUCGCAGACAUCCAACCCCACCACCUCAAACAACGUCACAGGGUACAUGCCCUUUGAUGUGGCGCCGUAUGUGAGUUUUGAGGGCAUGAAGCUUGGCAGCUAUGCUCUCUUUGACGGGCAGUCAGGCUUCAGCUUCUGGUACAGCGUGGGCAUGUUCGAGCUCUUCAACGAGGAGAUUCCAGGGCCCAUCCCUCCCGGCCAUUUACAAGGCAUGACCACGCCCCGCGUGGAGCUGUACGUGAAGCGGCUUGACAGCGGCAGCAUCGCCGUCGAUGGCCCUUGCCCAGAAUUUGCCACGUGCACAGAUAUUGGCGAGGGCAACCACACCUGCGCGUGCCCGUCUGGCUUUGAGGACACGCUGCCCUCCGCCUGCGUCGACAUCAACGAGUGCGAGACCACAACCAAGUGCCACGCCGACGCCACGUGCGUCAACACGCCCGGCAGCUUCGCGUGCGUGUGCAACGACGGCUUUUACGGCGACGGCACCACCUGUGAGCCAAACGAGUGCCUUGAGCAAGGCAUCUGCCACGAGCACGCGACCUGCAGCAAGACCACCGGCGACUACACCUGCACGUGCAACGAUGGCUUUGUCGGCAAUGGCACGUACUGCGCGGACGAGAACGAGUGCCACAGCGACCCUUGUCUUGCCGACGCCGUGUGUGUCAACACGUAUGGCAGCUUCCACUGCGUUUGCCGCAACGGCCUUGAUGGUGAUGGCAUCACCACUUGCCAAGACGACCUGGUUGUGUGGCUGGAGGGCUCGGACUAUGUGCACGGUGCGGAUAUGUGGCUGGAUCGCUCUGGCGACAACAAUCACGCCUUCAUUAACGCCUCCGCCGUCAUGUUCGAUGCGUCCCGCGGCCACUUUAUCUUCAACGGAACAAUGGAGGAACUGAUCACGGUUGACCUGGACAUUGGGCCCAACACCUUCCCCUCACUCACCAUCGAGGUGCUCUUCCUCCCCAUCACCGCCGUUGGCGAUGGUGCUGUCAUUGACGCAGACAACGGUGGGUAUGACCGCCACUUGGACUUCAACGACUACGAGCUGUACGGGCCGGGCAUUGCGUCGGGCACGGGCAGCCCAUACGAGGCAGGCAGUACCGCCAUUUUCCACCGCUGCUGGCAACACGCCUUUGCCGUGUUUGAGCAGAGCGGGCGCCGGGCGUCGUUCACGGUGCGCAACGGGCACGUUGGUCGGCCUACCACGGCCUUGAACACGGAAGGGUACACCAACUUCACCAUUGGUGGCAGCAGGUGGGAUGGUGGCGCCCUCAACGGGUACGUGCGGCGCGUCAAGGUGUACAACCGCGCGCUGACAGAGGAGGAGAUCCAGAUCAAGUACGACGAGACAAAGCCAGACCUCUUUUGCGAAUGUCUUCCAGGAUACCGCGGCGUGGAGGAAACAGGCUGCAUCGACAUUGACGAGUGCGUUGAGCAGACGGACACGUGCAACCCGCUGCGCGGCGUGUGCACAAACGUGCCGGGCUCCUACAACUGCACCUGCGCUGAGGGCUUCUUUGGCGAUGGCCGCACAUGCGAUCCGCCAGCACCGUGCGUCGUCAGCGACUGGGAGGUCACCGAGGAGUGCAGCGCCUUCUGCGGUAUUGGCACGCGCACAGAGACGCGCGACAUUCUUCGCAUGCCCGUGGAUGGCGGUGCCAGCUGCCCGUCCCAGCUCACGCGCCAGACACCAUGCAUUGUUGCGUCAUGCCCAUCCUCCACCAGCAUCGACUUUGUCAUCACCACCAGCACGGACACGUACAACGCCAGCAGUGGCACGCCGUUCCCUGCACUGGACACGGCCCUGGGCAACCUGGGAAGCGGCACCACAUCUGCCAUCACGGGCGUUGUUGUGGACGAGGCAACAGGCACCGUGCUGGUGCAGGUUGCCGUGGACACCCCAGACAGCAGCGCUGCCUCCGUUCGCUCCGCCCUCAACGGCCUUGCGUCUGCGGACGUGGCUGUGGACUCGCAGGACAUUGGCGCCUGCUACUGCUCUGCGCGGGAGGAGGACGGCGUGACGUGGCUCGGCGCCGCGUGCGGGCAGCUCAGCCCAACCGUGCACACGUGCGCAGGGUCCACAACAACGUUCAUCACGCGCAACUGCACGGGGCGCAUCGCUGACGGCGGCUGGGACCACCCGGACACGACGCAGUGCGUGAACGAGGACCUGGCGGCGCUGGCGGACUCGCUUGCCACCACGCCCAUCUCGGACGUGCUUGCACAGGCCCUACUGCACACAGGCAGCCCGCAGCUGUUUGGCGUGCAGGACGUGGCCAACCUGGAACGCAUCCUCAACGCAACCAUCUACAUGCAGGCCAACAACAUCACCGACCUCGCUGUUGACGACGUGUUUGCGUUUGUGCGCCUCCUCUCGCGCACCAUUGGAGCGCCGGAGGAUGUUGUCACCGCGGGCCUGUCGACGUUCGGAGCGCUGACGGGCACGUCACUCAUCCCGGACGCUGAGGAGAUGUUGCUCUACUUUGCAGAGCACGUGCUGCCGCUGGACGAGUCCAUCUCUGCCGUCGAGGCAAACGUUGCUGUCGACCUGUACCACACGUCGUUCAACCCCACGGCGCAGGUGUCUUGGCCGCCGCAGGAUUCGCGGGCAAGCAUCACGCGCCGCUGCUACGGCCCGGAGCCCGAGCACUACUGCUAUGUGAACGAGUACGGCAGCGACGCAGCCGCGUUUGAUGCCGACCUGUCCAUCACCGUGCCAGAGACGCUGCUCAACCUCAGCAUGACCGCGCCGCUCGCCUCGUCGCCAUCGUCGUCGUCAUUGUCAUUGUCAUCAAACGCGUCAUCAAAUGCGACAGCAAGCGGCGGCACGGGCGAGGACGCCACCCGGCCUCUGCUGGCCAUUGUGGGCGCAUACGCCACCAAGUUUCUGUUCCCCAGCAUCUCGCUGCGCAACACCAUGUCGCAGCUUGUGUACGCGACGCUGCCCACACUCCCGGACGACUACAACAUCUCCUCUGAUCCGCUCCGCUUCACCGCCACGCCGCAGUUCUACAACGGCACCGACACGGGCUGCGCCAUCUGGACACCGGGCUCCUGGGACCCGACCGUGUGCACGCUGGUGAACCCGGACGCGACCACGGGCGCGUAUGCGUGCGAGUGCGAGCACCUCACCACGUUUGGGCUGAUUGAGCUGCGGGAGCCACAGCCGUCGUUUGUGCAGCCCGUGUACGAGGACUACGUGCGCGGCUGCGCGUCGCUCGCCUGCUUGUUCCUGGUCAUCACCUUUGUUGUGCACUUUGUGCAGCCGAGCAAGUGGUCUCCCUCACGCAUGGUGGUCAUGCACCAGUGCGCGCUGCUGGUUGCAGCCCUCAUCAUCUUCAUGGUUGGCUUCUACGACAUCCGCAACCCCAACUGUCGGGAGAUUGCCGUUGCGCAGCACGCCAUCGCCGUUGCCUUCUUCGCCUGGAUCCUGGCUGGCGCCGUGCUCUCGGUCUUCCGCAAGGCGCGCGCGUGGCAGCUGCUCAUCAUCGGCUACGUCUUCCCCGCCAUUGUUGUGGUGGUCACCGCUGUGCUUCGCUACGACGACUACGGCCGCAAGCGCUACCGCACCGACCCGGACAAGCACUGCUUCAUUGACACGGACAUUGACCUCAUCUGGGCCAUGUACGGCCCCGCUGCCGGGUUUGCCGGCGUCGCCGUGCUCAUCUACCUGGGCAUCAUGUGCUUCUCCGUGUGCUUCUGGCCAAAGGACCGCCUCAAGAUGGUGGUCGGCGUGACCAGCGUCACGGGCACGCUCAAGCGUCGCCGCAAGCAGGCCAGCAUCAGCAACGGCGCUGGCGAAGAAAUCGAGCUUGACGCGCUCAGCACGGGCACAGACACCAUGAGCAAGAACGCCACGUCCACGUCUGCCCUGCAGGAACAGGAGAAGCCGGAGCACAGGGACAUUGAGCCCGUCAGCCGCGGCCACGCGCUGUGGAUGUCGUUUGCCAGCUUCCUGCUUGCUGGUGUUGGUGGCGGGAUUCCGCUUGCCGAGCUGUUCCUGAUCAACGGCGUGUACACCGACCUCUGGCGCCCGCUCUUUGCUGGCGGCGUCAUCUUCUACGGUGCGUUGAUGCUGCUGGUGUUUGGGCUGCCGGAUCUGCUGGCGUGCCUGUGCGGUCGCCGCCGCUCCUCUGUGACGGCGGACGAGGAGGUCAUUGCCGGCGACGCAAACAAGCGCGUUGCAGAGUGGGAUGAGUUUGGAAGGCAGAGCAGCGCGCGUCGUCGCUCGCGCCGCCGCAACGAGGCCACGCUGCGCUACCUGCGCACGCUCCCACCUGCAGAGCCAAAGCGCAAGCCACUGCCACAGGUGCAGGAGGAGCAGCAGCAGCAGCAGGAGAAGGACGCCAUGUCUGCCGUGUCUGUGCCGUCCACAGCAACGGGCGCUGCUGCAAGCGGCAUGGUGGAUCUCUCCGUCACGCAGUUUGACACGGCGUCGCUCAAUCUUGAGGGAGACAUGGACGCGCCACUGCAGCCGGGCGUGCCAGACCCGUUUGUUGUCGACCGCGAUGUGUUUGAUGUGCUUGAGGCGGACAUGGUGAAGCUUCGUGAGGAGCUUGCUGACCUUGCCGAUGAGAGUGAGCUGGAGGAGUUUGAUGCCAUUCUGCAGGACAUGGACACGGCGCACCAGGAGAGCCUGCAGCGGCAGCUGUACAACCGACGCAAGUCGAUGCGCCGUCGCGCGUCGUCCAGCAGCCAGAUGGGCAUGCUCUCGACUGCAUCCGUGCGCGGGUCUGAGGCAGACUUUAUGAUGUCUGACAACGACUCCAUCAGCACGGCCGGCGUCAUCCCCCGCAACUCCUCAACGCGUCGCAGCUCAGACUCGUCCCUGGAGAUGGACUUUGCCUUUGAGCGGCAGUCGUCCUCCGUGCGCUCGGAGCAGCGCCGCCCAAGCGCAGAAUACCUGCAGACGGACGGGCUGAGCAGGGGAACAUCCAUCCGCAGCGUGCGCUCCUCUGGGAGUCAGAUGGUCACGGGAGCAAUGAGCGACGCGUCACAGCCGUCUGUGCACUCGUCACAGCGCGGCGCAUUGGCGGCCAUUGUGGAGGCUGGCCAGGAGCGGGACGACCUUGGCGACGGCGAUGGCGAUGCGGCAAACAACACCAAUGGCGACGCCAACAACGGGAACACCGGUGGCGACGCGAGGGGGCGCGACAGCACGAUGACGACGACGGCAGCGCGUGAGGCAAUGAUGGCUGAACGGCUGAAGGACUUUGCCGACGAGUCUGAGGGGGAGGGCGGACACAACAUGAGCGAGGCCGAGGAUGGCGACAAUGACGAUGACGAAGAGCAGGAGGAGGAGCAGGUGCUCGUGGGCGCUGAUGAUGACGGUGAUGGUGACGUUGGCGCUGUUGGCGCAUCGCUGGAGGAUAGCUACGACAACAGCGACUUUGUGGGCACGGGUGCCGCAGACGAUGUGUACGCGGACCCAAACGCCCCCGACGAGAGCGCUGGGGAGAAGCGCGUGUCGCUCACGCCUGACGAGGAGUUUUCGGAGAUGGCGGGCCUGUUGGCGACGCUGCAGGACAAGGUGGACCGGCCCUCGCUGCCCUCUGUGCAGGAGAACGCUGAAGAGGAGGAGGACGAUGAUGAUGAAGGCGGUGAUGGUGAUGGCCCAACGGUGUCGUACUUCUAAGCGAGCAGUGGUGUCAUCUCGAAUCAGAACCAAGUCCAUGUAUGUGUAUGUGUGUGCACGUACGUGCAUUUGUUGUGGAAAAGAGUGUGAAGCUUCAUGGGAGUUUGUUGAUGCAUUCCGUUCAUCAGGGUGCGUGGUGGUGUUAGUGGUGAUGCGCGUCUCUUUUCGUCUCUGGCGUUUGGUUUUGGAGUUGACGAUGACGUGUAUUUUGACAGCGGCAGGGCGUGAACUCCAAUCGCGCCGAGUGCUUGCGAUGACGAGACACGAUCGAUUGCUUGUGAACAUGGCGUGUAAUUGGUGCGUGCCUCUCCACAUGCCUAUUGUGCAUGCCUGCAGACGCGCGUGGCAUUGCCGUGCUGCGAUUGUGUGGUCUUUGGUUAUGGUGGUUGUGUCGGCACACGUGUUGCGGCUGCUCCCGUGAGCUGGGUUCUCUGCGGGGAGGACACGCAAGCAUACUCGUCGAUUAUGGCGCAUGUGCGUGUGCAUGUGCAUGUGCGAACUUUCGUCUCAUGAAUUUGGUGGCACGACCUAUGUUAGUUUCAACAAGCAAUGUGUGUGCUUGGUUUCCUCUUCUUGUGUGUUUUGGUUGUAGUGUUUAAACUUUGCC